AGUCCGAAGAAGAAGUUGCUUUCCUGAUUGUUUGUUUUACUUCUCUUGUCGAUUUCUGCCUUCUCGUCAGCGUGAUCAUGCAAGCCUUGAGGAACUAUUUUAGACCAUGGUCAUCUAAUGUAAAGUUGGAUGGCAAAACUGUACUGAUUACUGGAGCUAAUACUGGGAUUGGCAAAGAGACUGCCAUUGAUUUGGCCAAAAGAGGUAUGCGGGUCAUUAUAGCCUGCAGAGAUAUGGAGAAAGCCGAUGCAGCUCUGAAAGAGAUCGUAGAAGUUUCGGGUAAUCAGAAUGUUGUCUGCAAAAAACUUGACCUUGCUGACUCCAACUCCAUCAGAGAAUUUGCCCAGAAUAUCAAUAGUGAGGAGAAACAACUCAAUAUCUUGAUUAAUAAUGCUGGAGUGAUGGCAUGCCCAUAUGCUCAAACAGCAGAUGGUUUUGAGAUGCAAAUCGGAGUCAACCACAUGGGUCACUUUCUCCUGACAUUUCUAUUAACUGACCUGCUUAAAAGGUCUGCUCCGGCUCGGAUCGUCACUGUGUCAUCCAUGGCGCAUAAGUGGGGGACUAUCAAUUUGGACGACUUAAACAGUGAGAAGAGCUAUGAUAAAUCCAAAGCUUACAGCCAGAGCAAACUGGCCAAUGUGCUCUUCACACGCUACUUAGCCAAAAAACUACAGGGUACAGGUGUGACAACUUAUGUCCUUCACCCUGGUGUAGUUCAGACAGAACUGUGGAGGCAUCUGAAUCAACCACAGCAGGCAGCCAUGUGGUUGAUCAAACCUUUUACCAAAACAUCAUUGCAGGGAGCUCAAACCACUAUCUACUGUGCAGUAGCUCCUGAGCUGGAGACAGAGAGUGGCAACUACUACAGUGACUGCGCAGCAGCAAGCUGCUCUAGUGCUGCUAUGGAUGAUGACAUGGCACAGCGACUCUGGGACCUAAGCUGCCAGAUGCUCAAGAUAACAUGGGACUAAAUGUGCUGCCAAAUAGAUACCUAGAAAUUUUGCACUUUGAAUAUGAAAUGGUCAAUUUUGAACAUAAUCCAUUUCUCACGUUUCCUUGCUUCUAAAAUGUUUAUUUCCAGUUAAAAAAAAAAAUCCAAAUUCACACUGUACGCAUGUAUAUGUACAUACACACAUAUACAUACACACUGCUGCCACUUGGGGGCAUAUUCCUUCCAUUGUAUCAUUGUAUCAUUGUAUCAUGCACUAAAAAGGCUGAGAGCACUAUGAGAAAGGGCUUCGUGAAGAGGGUUUUUUUUUAAAAACAUAGAUUUACUGCAAUUACCAGCUGUUGAGGGAUUGACCAUUUAUUAUUUUAAUAGACGAAAAGUUACUCUUUGGCAUAUCUUAGUGAUAGAAGUGGAGUUAAACUAUUAAUAAUAAAAUGCUACUACUGGAGAAUAAUGAAGUCUGGGCUGGUAACACACAAUGCUACCCAGUAAUUGGUUAUUUUCAUAUAACAGCAUGCUCAGUGCAGUGUGGUUUACUCCUCAUAUAAACAUGGCUGCUUUAUUGAUGCACUUUUUUUAUCCCCUCAGAAUACAACGUAGCUGCCUUACUAAACAAAAUAUUUCUCAAACACAACAUUGUAUAUGUAUGUGUGUGUUUAGUGCUCCAAAUAUUUAUAACUGUAACUGAAUCGAAAGAGGCCUAAAUUAAAUUCACUAAAAUUAAAU